GCGAGAACGAGUCCGAGGAUAGCUGCUCGGCAGCAUUCCCAGGAAACGCACACCGCUUCCUUCCGUCGCCGACCCACCGGCAGAUGUGUCGCCCCUUCCCGCCGUCAGCGCCGAGCCCGCUCAGCUCGCGCGCGCGGCUGCCGCGGCCAAACUCGCUGGCCAAGAUAGAUGAGUCGCAGACGGCGUCGCCAAAGGAGCUGCAGCAAGGCCUAGACGCGGUGGGCAGCGGCACAGACUCUCCAGAUGUGCGCCGCUCUUCCGGGCUGCAGUCGCUGACCAACGACUCGUCCUCCUGGGCGCCCGGCCAGCACGCCUCUGCGCUCCCGACGGGAGUCUUCACGCCGCAGACGCUUGUCUACAUCCUGGUGUGGUAUGUGACGGGCGCGCUGACCAACUCGACGUCCAAACAGUCGCUCCAGCAGUUUGAGAAGGGGCGCGCGCCGUGGAUGUCGCUGACGCUGAUGCAGCACGUGUGUGCGACCGCCGCUGGCACCUUUGCGCUGCGUGUCGCGGGGCUCCGGAGGUACAAGGAGCUGCCCGCCUCUGCGCAGACGUGGGGCUUCUACCGCAUGGUGCUCGUCUACUCGCUCGGCUUUUGCAUGACGAACGGCGCGUUCGGCGCCGUCAACGCCUCCUUUGUCGACACGGUCAAGGCGGGCGAGCCGCUCGCGACGAUGCUGCUCACGGUGCUCUUUCUCUCCGACGCGCCGCCCGUGACGCUGCCCAUCUUCCUCUCGCUCCUUCCCAUCGUGGGCGGCGUCUCCAUCUCGGCGAUGGCCGAGGCGAGCUUUUCGUGGGUCGGCUUCAGCCUCGCGCUGGGAUCCAACAUUUGCAACGCCGCCCGCUCCAUCUGCGCCAAGAUGCUCAAGACAGAGCUGGGGCGCAACAUGGACAACGCCUCGCUCUUCCUGCACGUAAACUACUACGGCGUGCUGCUGCUGCUGCCGGCGGUCCUCUUCUUCGAGGGGCCGAUCCUGGUCUCGCUCUUCCGCGCUGGCGGCAAGCCGGCGCGGCUGUUUUGCCUCAACGGCCUGCUCUACUACAUCAACAAUCAGAUGAACUUUCUCGUCGACGCCGUGACGCACGGACUCAUCAACUGCGGCCGGCGCGUAGCAAACAUUGGCUUUGCCAUCGUCUGGUUCGGCAUCCCGGUCACCAUGUACAAUGGGCUGGGCAUCGGCCUCGCACUGCUGGGCGCCUUCUUGUACAUGAAGGCCAAGCAGAUGUCCGUCCCGAGUAGGGCGACGCCUUCUGCCAGGACAGCCGCCAGCAAGGCGCAGUGA